UAAUCAUUCCUCUGUAGAAGGAUGCACUGAUAUCGGAGGUCUACCUUUUCAGUGACAUUUUGUAUCUGGACCUUUGCACGGUGACAAUGGAGGCAGCAGGGGGCCAGCCCAGGCAUCAGGGCCAUCAGAGCCAGCAAGGCCACCAGGGGCAGUUCUUUCAUCAGCCGAGAUUACCAUAUUACCAAAUCAAGCCAAACUAUUAUAAUAAUCACCAUCGCAGACAGCAUAGCCAUCACAGACAUCAAGAGCAUGGACCAACAAAUGCAACAACUUUUGACCAGAAGAGGAUGAAAAAUACCCUCCAACGGAGAACGGUUGAUUACAAUACUUCAGUCAUCAGAUAUCUCCAGGCAAGGAUUUGGCAACGAGACUACAAAGACGCAAGGAUGAUACAGCCAGAUCACUCAUAUAUAGGAAAUCUGAGUUUACCUCAUCAGAUGUUGGACAACCCUAUUAAUGCAGUAACAACUCGAUUUGUAAGGACAUCAACCAAUAAGGUCCGAUGCCCAAUAUUCUGCGUUGUGUGGACCCCAGAAGGAAGGAGACUGGUUACGGGAGCAUCCAGCGGAGAGUUUACUUUGUGGAACGGGCUCACCUUUAAUUUUGAAACCAUUCUUCAGGCCCAUGAGUGUGCUGUCAGAACGAUGACGUGGAGUCGCAACGACAUGUGGCUGCUGACGGGAGACGACCAGGGAUUCAUCAAGUAUUGGCAGUCCAAUAUGAACAACGUACAGAUGUACCAAGCCCACAAAGAUCAGGCUGUACGAUGCGCAAGCUUUGCACCGUCAGAUUCCAAGUUCUGCACAUGCUCAGACGAUGGGACCGUUCGUAUCUGGGACUUUCUCCGCUGUCACGAAGAGAAGAUCCUCAGAGGUCAUGGUGCCGAUGUCCGUUGUGUUGAUUGGCAUCCUAGUAAAGGCAUCGUCGUAUCCGGCAGCAAGGACUCACAGCAACCGGUCAAACUCUGGGACCCUCGAACGGGGGAGGCACUGUGCACCCUCCAUGCUCACAAGUCCACCGUCAUGUCGGCCAAGUGGAACGUGAACGGUAACUGGCUUCUCACAGCAUCUAGGGAUCAUCUGGUCAAGCUAUUUGAUAUCCGCAUGAUGAAGGAGCUGUUCACAUUCAGGGGCCAUAAGAAAGAAGCUACAGCCAUAGCAUGGCAUCCCAUACAUGAAGACAUGUUUGUAUCUGGGGGCUCAGAUGGCGGCAUCCUCUUCUGGCAAGUAGGGCAUGACAAGGAGAUUGGUGGAAUUGAAGAGGCACAUGAAUCUAUCAUAUGGGGUUUGGCUUGGCAUCCAUUAGGCCACAUGUUGUGUUCAGGAUCCAACGAUCAUUCAACGAAAUUCUGGACGAGAAACAGGCCUGGUGAUAGGAUGCGAGACAGGUACAAUCUGAACACUCUACCCAUCGGAACAUCUGAAGACCUGUUGGAGUUUGAUGAUGACACAACAUCUUUGCCAGUCAUUCCCGGGAUGGGAUUAGAAUAUGGUGUUGCAGACCACCUCAAGAAAGAUGAACAAGUUCCCGUGCAAACAACAGAGGAGAACCUAGACACCUCCAUCCCUGGUCUUGAUUCGUCCAUAGAAGAGCUGGAGAAACUGAAACCCAAACCCCAGCGCAAGGUCCCCUACGCCAGGCCAGUCCCACAGAACUUCCUUGAUGAAUGGGAGGCCAACAAGGCACCGGGCGUGGCACCAAACAUCGAGGAAGAGAAACGGAAGAGGAAAGAGGAAGAGGAGAAGAAGAAACAGGAGGAGGAGAGGAAGAGGACCGAGGAAGAGGCGAGGAGACGAGCUGAGGAAGAAAAAAAGAGGAAGGAGACAGAAUUAAAGAUGAAAAUGGAGAAGCCAGAGAAUUAUGGCCUAGUCGGCGUUCCAGACUUUGGAGGUAAUCCCAUAGAGGUCAUCAAGUUCAUUGCCAGGACGCAGGGACCUAAAGCAGCUGAACAGGCUCUGGUCAAUUCAAUCCACUCAAACCUCCCUUCAGGUACUGUGUUACCCAUCAUCAAGCCAAAUGUUAAUCCAAUCACUGUCCUACUCCAAGAAGGCCACAUCCCUCCGCACUUCGCCAAGCAACUGAGGGCGGGAGGUCUCCUGCCAUUUGAAGCAGUAAGAUGGCUCGACAUGAAGGAGGGAAAAGCGGAAAAGCCUCUGCCAGCUCACCUAGCCAAGCUGCCCAUUGCUGUCCCACCAACCAAAAAGGCCAAGGUUGCCAACACUCCUGACAAACCUGGGAAAUCGAAAAAGGAAAAAGAAACGUCCAAGGCUGCAAAGGCACCUUCUCCUGAAGGGGAUUCCACACCUAAGAAUGGGACAGAUAGUAAAGGUCUGCUAGGAGUGAAGCCAUCAAGUGCAGGACCAAAACCAUCAGGUGCUGGUUUGUUGCCAGAUCCUGGUAAAAGUGGAGGCUUGUUGCCUGAGCCAGCAGGCACUCCGGGUGCAAAGCCAAAACCCACACCACUUAUGCAGGUGCAACCAACGGAAGCAUUACUGCCUGAACCGCAACCAACAGAAGGAACGGGUGAUGUUGAUAUGAGGCAAGCCCCUCACCAUGGGGAUGUUGAUAUGAGACAAGGACCAAUGGGUGGAUCAUCAGCCCCACCGCUAGAACCGAGGAGUGGCCCCAUGAGUGGACCUCAAAUAAGACCAGGACCACCCGUGCAGGAGAUGCAGCGGAGAAAUGGACCUGUUAUGAGACAAUCCGAAGGCUUCGGACAGGACCGCGAUGAGCGUAUUCCAAGUGCAGGACAUGGGGAUGUUGAUUUGCGGCAAGAGCCGCAGCACUUAGAAAACAUGGGAGACAGAGACCUCCGGCAAGGCCCUCCUCAGCAUUUUAAUGGGCCCAGCAGUGAUCCUUUUGAUCAACAAAUGCCCAUGCAUGAUGUGGACAAUCGUAGGUUUCCUCCAACCAACCCGGAGGAUGAAACACUCACUGGGCUUGGUGCAGAAGACCAAGACCUACGUAACAAACCUGUUCCUUUGAUGUCAAUUGGAAACCCCAUGUCAAGAACUCAAGAACCUCAGGAUACAGAUUUUAGACAUCCAAACCCCGGUGAAUACAGAAACCCUGCCAGAGAUUUCGAUGAGAGACAACUCCCAAUAAUGGAUCAUGAAGAAUUCCCACCUUUGCCUCACCGGAAGCGACCGUGGGAAGAAGAGGAAAUGGGUGGGCCGGAUGAUCCAACACUUUGGGAAGAAAAUCCUGAAGAGAUGGAGGAAGGACCAGGGUUUAGAGGUCGUGGUGGAUGGGGUAGGGGGAUGAGAGGACGUGGAGGGUUUAGACCGGAUAUGGGAAGGGGCGGCUUCAGGGGUAGGGGUCGAGGCUGGGGCAGAGGAAGGGGUAGGGGGAGGGGAAUGUGGUAGGAUGGUACUAAUGUAAAAUUCCAUACUUUUUUUUCAUGAUGCAAGUGUCUUAAUUGGCUUUGGCAUCAGGGCUCCCUUAUUUCUUAAUAUUCUAGUACUUUUUGUUAGUUUGCUUUUGUUGACUUGUCACUUCUAAUGAAAAUGAACAAAUGCUCCCUGAUUUUUUUUUAAUUCCUCACCCUUUCUUAAUUAACUUCAACAUAUUCUACGUCUACAAAUCUCAUAGCCACAUAUAUGUAAGUUUUAUCACAGGAGGUUACAUGCCCAAGUUAUUGUAAUAAGAAAUUAUUUUGACUUUAUUUUGGAUAUAUUAGAGAUGCAAAAUUUUGAGGCAAGGUCCUGGAAAUGUUAAAUUCAUGCUGCCACAAUAUAUUGGACAUUGAUAGACUUUUCAAAGGACAGAUUGCCAAGAACUUAUAAACUUCAAAAUAGACCAACCAAAUCAAUAUAUAUGAGUCCAGUUAUAAUAAAAUAUAAAUACAAGGUCUUCUGAUAAUCUUUUAUUUGUGAAAUUUCAGACUAAAAUUAGCCUGACUUAAAUGCAGCAUUUACUUUUAUUUUCAGCCCCUGUUUUCAUAUUUUUAUUAUUUGACACUGAAGAAUGAAAUUAUUUGCAUUUUUUCAGCCCUUCUUUUCUUUUGACAUCCAAACUCAGCUUUAUAUCUAACCAAAUCAGAAAUAUGCAUUUAAAACUUACAGUUGCAUUGGAAUGUAAUUAUUUCUACAAUAGGCCCCUAGGGUAGUGUUUCAUGGACCAUCCUAUCUGUCAUUUUCACUGACAACUCUUCUCUUGGCCAAUCAGAUGCAACGAUUUCGGUAGCUUUCUAUCAUUUGUCAGUGAACAUUGAUGACAAGGUGCUUCAUGAAAUUCUCCCUUGCCCUUGGUAAUAAAGUAUAAAGGCCCUGUCACAUUGUUCCGUGCAAGCAUUGCGUGUGGCUUAUGCUUGACUAUUUUGCUACCUGGAGGUCGCCUACAUUGACGGUAUCUCACACGCAUCUCACACGCAGUUGCCCACAGAAAUGUUUUGAACAUGCUCAAAAUUUAUUGCGGCAAUCAGCCACAAGGCUUGCACGGAACGAUACGACAGGGCCUUAAAAGUCCUCUGCCCGACUGAUACAGUACAUAGGAAAAACGUGUAAUGUGAUAGUGCACAGAAUAGGGCACCAUUUUAUGGCAGUUGUCAGCACUGAAAAGUUGUCAUUCAUUUUGACAGACACCAUAGGGACACGUGGUUGCUUGUCAGCAUAUCAAAAUCAAGAAAUUUUCUGAAAAUGUUUAGGAAAAUGACAACCGGUGCAACGUGUCAUCAACAUUUUUGUCCGACGUGUUGUCAGAUCCGACAACUUUCCUUGAUUUUGAUUGGCUGAGAAGCGCUGUUCCUAUGGUAACAGCGAUAAAAUGGGACUUGUCAGAAAGAAACGUCUGACAAGUCCUGUCAUGAAACGCUCCCCUGUUCAGUGCUUACAACUUCUUGACACGGUGUCCAGGGCCCCAUAAUACAAAGAUUAGCAAUUUAUCGCUAAUAUGGAAGAACAUUCCUGAUUCAUUCCUAGUCGGUCUAUUGAGCAAAUGCGCAUGCAACAAUGGUCUUGAUAGGCCAUUUCAUUUGGAUUGCUAACCUCUGUGUUAUGGGGCCCUGGCCUUGUGCCUUCAAACUUACCAUUAUAGUAACUUCUAUGGAAUCAUUCACUCUUAUAGGUUGUUGGUCCUGUCACCAUGGUAGUUACCAUUAAUUGAAGAGUUAGUAUUCAGAGUAUGUUGUCUUAAAUGGUGCCUAGGCAUGGGUGUGUAUUCAGUCAUGCUGUUUGAGGCAUCGUAUAGGUCUAAAGACAUGGCUGUACAGACGUCCUACAUACAUGUAGAUCAGUGGUGGAUCGGGGGGGGGGGGGGCUUCAAUCCCCACUUUGGGCUCCCUAAAAUAUUUAAGAAAGGAGUGUGGGAACAAACUCCAACACCCCUUCCCUGUUUACAAGUCAAGCAAGUAGAACAGUGGUGGAUCUAGGGGGAGGGGGAGGGGGAGGGUGGUAGGCCACUGGCCCGUAUUCUGAACUCAGAUUUGAAUUGAACCCUGGUUUAAAAUUGUGCUUAACCAUGGAGAGCCAAUUAGGGCACAAAUCCCUAACAGUACACAUUCCAUUUUAUUAACUCAUGACACCCAAAUUCUUCAUGAAUGUCUGGGAAUGAUAAAAGUAUUUUUCUUCAUUUUGAAAGCAAAAGGAAUUAAAAUAGUGAACAUAAGAAACAUACAAUAUAAACAGAAUGUUUUAAUUUUGGCUCCCCAUAAUUGUAGUAGUUAGACCGUGGUCUCAGUUAAACCUGACUUCAGAAUAUGGGCCAUUGUGUUGCAGCUCAUCGUUAUUGAGUCACAGCAACUUGUCAAACUCACCAUCUGAGGCAAAAAACUAGAUCCGCCACUGUAGAUUGGAUUGUAUGAUAACCAAUGAUCAUGCAGACUACGAUGUCUGCAUUACCAAAUGUAAAUGGGGCAUAAUUAUGCUCUGAAAUGCCCCAGCGGAUAGUGGGUUGAAAUCUACAUCAUUUUUAGCAUGUCGGAUGUUAUUUUCAGGACCUUUUCUCCACUCAAGCACAUCCCAAACAUUACUCCGAAGGUUUAUAGAACUUUACCAUGUACAUAUAUUCCGUGUAUACUGGACAUUUUUCUCCGAAAAUUGAUAUAUGAAUAUAAAAUUAUUUUUUAUUUCCGAAAUUCCCAUUCAACGAAAAGGGUACGAGGGCAAGAGAAAAAAAUUAUUUGACAUUUUGCAGAUAUCAAUGUACAUGUACUUGUAUAUAAUGUAUCACUGUUUGUCUCUGUAAUCAUGUUCAGUAUUUUCAUAAGGAAUUUGUACAAAGCACUUUUUUCCAUCUUUUUGUUGUUGUUUAUUUUGUGAAUAUCUUUCUCUUUAUCAGCUCAGUGACUGUGACAAGAUGAAUCUUGUCAUGAAAUAAACAAGAACUAAAUAUUCA